AUGUCGACGCAUGCUCGAAUGCCCUCGUCCUGGGGUAUGUUCGUGUAGAGCGACGUGACGUCGAUGGUGACCAGUGUGGCGUCGCGUUCGAUUCGUGUGACGAAGUCACCCGAGUCCCGUAUGUACCUGUUCUGUUCGAGUCCUCUGUGGGCCCGAGCUUCCGGAUACUAUCGGUCGAUAGGCCACCGGGUUCUUGUGUACUUUGCUCAGAAAGUAGAGCUGUUGUGUUCUGACGCGGCUCGGCGUCUUGAUCAGGUGCCGGAGCGUGUCGCGGUCAAGGAGACCGUGCUCGUUAUGAUCGAGAUGGAUCGAUUAAUUCGACUCGUUAUGGCCGGUGUCGGGUUGUUGUCGAGUCGUUCGUACGUGCGGGCGUCGUCCACGUGCCCGAGGCCUUUUUCGACGUAUACGGACGACGAUCAUCGAUCCCUUGUCCGCCUUCUUCAUGACGAUGUCGGUGCGUUUGCUCAGUCGCUCGAGGGCGGCGCGUUCGGACGCAUCCAGAUUCUGGAAGAUCUUGUUUCUCGGCCUAGACUCGGCCAGAGCUCGUCUCGUUCGCGUUAUGUACGCCUCGAGGGCGGCGUUUUUCGUGGUCGGCGGCUGCCAUUCGAGACCGUUCUGAACGGCGGUGUGGGUAGUCGGUAGGCGUGUUCGUUCGUGACGUCGUCCGGAGCAAAUUUUUUUUUUGGGUCCACUUCACACACACAUCCCGGAUAUAUAGCCCGGAUAAGUUUAACUUGCACGUGCACGGUAGACCAUUCUCACGUGCACGCAUGGCUCACGAUCAUGAUUUAGUAGUUCGAAAUGUGUUGUUAUGCUAACAGAUCGUGGGAAUUGCGCUUUCUCUGCGAGCAGUUACCACACUGAGUAAGCAACAGUGGCAGUGAAAGGAGAGCCCCAAUACGGGGAAUGUUGGUUGCUACAAACCGUUUUCUUUGCAGAAAUCGACUUUCUCGAGAAACUGUUGACUCCAGAAAAGCUUUACGUGAUGCAGUUAUUAUACAAGACGGCAGAGGAUGUGUGAAGAAUAUUGGAAGGUGGAUCCGGGAUUGACAUGUCAAAGUACUCUCUAGCAAAAUCUAGUGACUGCUGUGACAUUUCUUACCAGAUUUUUGAUGUUUGUUUACCAGUUUACAAUGCUUUAUACGCAUAACUCAAUCUUAACCAGUUAUAGUCAUUACCAGUUGGAUAUAACAGUGUACGCUCUAGAUGUUGAAGAAAGUAACAUGAUAAUGUUUUGUGCUUGUA